GUCGUAUUCUGAUUAUUCACUAUAGUUCAUAUAUUUAUCAGCGUUCGCAUUAUUCGUCAUGUGUUGUGUGAUCCCCGUGCUUUAUCGUACUAAUAAUUGAACAGUGCGAGGGUAUAAUUAGUUGCUUCAUGCAGGGAGAUAGAUAAGAGAUAGCUAAGGCCGUACGCGUGUGUAGAUGUUGUGUUGAAGCUAUAUAUAAGAGCCCUUGCUUCGUAUUCGUUCGCUAUCAUAUCUCGCCACGAGUCACUUAUUGUUUACCACAGCACGGCUUUCACGAUAAACCAAAUCACAUCUACUUCAAGACGUACAAUAAUAUCUCCUAAUGGCGACCAUCGAUGCUGAGGACCUCAGAAAAAUGAUCAGGCGCUUGCGAGUUUUGAUCAUAGGGAGAGCAAACGCAGGGAAAACAACCAUUCUUCAGAAGGUCUGCAACACCACAGAUCAACCAGAAAUCUACGAUGCCAAAAGAAACAGGAUCGAUGCUGCGGUUGUGGAAUCUUCGAUCAAGCGUGGAAAACACGACAUCACAAACGAAAUGGUGUUCAAAAGUAAUCCCGGUUUUGUCUUUCACGACUCUUGCGGUUUCGAAGCGGGAUCUGAAGAAGAAUUCGAGAAUGUGAAAAAAUUUAUCUCAGGAUGCGUACACGCGACGAAAUUGGAGGAGCGAAUACAUGCUAUCUGGUAUUGUAUCCCAAUGGACGAAUGUAGUCGAACAUUCCAGCGGUCGGAGGAGAAGUUCUUCUUUGAGUGCGACACUGGGCACGUUCCUGUGAUUGCGGUGUUCACCAAGUUCGAAGCUCUACGUCCAGUCGCAUAUGGAGAGAUCAAGAUGCAUACGAAAGGUCUAUCUGGAGAAGAACGCUCAAAAAUGAUUGCCCAACGCGUCGAAGAACUAUUCAGCAAGACAGGUGUCUGUGACCAAUUGUGCAACUCUGAAAACCGUACCCGUCCUAAGUUCUAUGUACGCUUGGCGAAUCUGAACAAGCCAAAUACCAACUGCAACAUUCUACUGGAACAGACCACUUUUGCAUUGGACAAUGAAGAAUUGCAGUUGUGCUUGGUAUCUACACAACAAUCAAACCUGGAGCUGUGCAUCAAGUGUGCAAUUGCAACACUCGUUGAUCACGCGCAUCAGCUAUUCGGGCUACUUCGAAUAGAUUAUGAAGUCUAUCAGUAUCACAUUGUUAAGUGGUUUCUACAUCUCAAAGUAAGAAAAAGAAUUCAAUGUGAGGAUACCCGGGUGAUAAUGCUGACGGGAUGGUAAAUAUUGAAGAACUGAAAUUGUGGGGAUUUUGAUAUAUUUUCUUUAUUGUAGAUAACAGCUGGU